AUGACCAUCACUGAGUACGACGAACUAGCUGAGGCAGCCGCUGACGCGGAAUGCCGAGCCUGGAUACGCCGGCUCAUCGACUCCGCUGACGAGGUCGUCGCCUUCGUCGACGCCCGUCUGAAUGGCGGCGGCACGGGAACCUACAAAGGCUUCUUCAAAGGCGCCUUCAACAUCUCCUACCACGUCGACUUUAACGGUCGGCGACCUAGCGCCUUAAUCCGCUUCGCCAUGCCCGGCGAAACGGUGACGCCGUGGAGGGAUGAAAAGGUAGCCAACGAAGCCCGAUUUAUCGAGUACCUCCGCGAGAACACGACAAUCCCCUUGCCUCGCAUUCACUGUUGGGGCCCGGCCUCAGAGAGCCCAAGGGGCUUAGGACCGUUUAUCAUCAUGGACUACAUCGAGGGCGAGCGGUUGUCGUGGUUUCUGAAGCGACCGAAGGAGGAUGAGUACGAACCGAUGGUUCUGAAUCCAGAUUUGGAUGAGGCCACGCUCGAUACCUUCUACGAGCAGAUUGCCGGGUAUAUGCUUCAGCUGUCCCGGCUCAGCUUCCCUCGGAUUGGCGCCAUCUCUCGGAAUGACCCGGCCAAGCCUGGAGCAUGGGCCGUCACGGAGCGGCCCCUGACCUUCAACAUGAACAUCUUGGGAACGACGACCGGCUACCCGAUCGACAAAUUCCCCACGAAGCCGUUGGACUCAUCAAGCGAAUUCUUCGAGCAGGUUGCGCAGCAGCAUCUCCUGCACCUCGAGACGCAACGGAACCUGGCCGACGACGAAGAGGAUGUCCAGAGACGCUUCGUCGCCCGCCAUCGUUUCAGGCAACUCAUCCCCAGGUUCUGCACAGACAACGAGCACUCAGCACCCGCACAAUUCAAGAUCUUCUGCGACGACCUGCAACCCAACAACAUGCUGUUCGACCGGGAAACCCUCCGCAUCACGGCCGUCCUCGACUUCGAGUUCACCAACGCCAUGCCCGAGCAAUUCGCCUACGACCCGCCGUGGUGGCUGGUCCUCAAACAGCCGGGACUCUGGAUCGAAGAGGACGGCAUGGACGAUUUCCUGGCCCGGUACGAGCCACGGCUGGAGCAAUUCCUACGCGUGAUGGAGCGGGUCGAGGCGCAGCAGCCGGGGCUCGACCCGCCUCUCUCGGCCCGCAUGCGCGAGUCGUGGGAGAGCAAACGGUUCUGGUUCAACUACGCGUCCAGGAGGUGCCUGGACCUGGACGCCGUCUACUGGGCCGCGCUACACGACCCCAGCGACGGGGACGGUCUGGCGUUGCUUGACGCGGAGACGAGGGAGAAGCUCCCCGCCCUGGUGGAGAAGAAGAUGGAGCAGCUGAGGGCCUACAAGGCCGAACACGCUGCUCAGUUCUCUAAAGAAGAUGAGUGA